GAUGUAAGGUAGGCGUGUCUUGUUGCGCAUGCGUCGAUAGGCAAGAGCCACCAUGUCUAAGCGAGGUCGCGGAGGAAGUAGUGGCGCGAAGUUUCGCAUUUCUCUUGGUCUUCCAGUGGGCGCCGUCGUCAACUGCGCGGACAACACGGGAGCGAAGAAUCUGUACAUUAUUGCUGUUCAUGGCAUUAAGGGAAGGCUGAACAGGCUGCCAGCGGCUGGAUGUGGUGAUAUGGUGGUCGCUACGGUGAAGAAAGGAAAGCCGGAGUUGAGGAAGAAAGUCAUGCCGGCUGUUGUCAUCCGGCAAAGAAAACCGUAUAGAAGAAAGGACGGCGUGUUUCUCUACUUUGAAGACAAUGCAGCGGUAAUUGUCAACAAUAAAGGAGAAAUGAAAGGUUCGGGUAUCACGGGUCCGGUAGCGAAGGAAUGUGCUGAACUGUGGCCGCGUAUUGCAUCGAAUGCGCCUAGCAUUGCCUAAGUUGUUAUCUCAAAUAUACGGGACUGUGAUAGAUGUGGAUAAUUGA